AUGAGUGGAUGCACCUGUUGCCCUUUAUACCCAUUGGCACGGGAAGUGGCUCAGUUGGAGGUCUUCAGCUCUCCUUCAGCAGGAGCUUCAUUGGAGCUUCAGCAGGAGCUUCAGCUGCUUUCUAUGACGAGUCGGAGGUGUUUGUCUGAGGACGAGACGGAGCCAGAGCAUCCAGAAAACACUCUGACCACAAAAACACAACACAACGAGUAUCAACCGAAGCCGACUCUGACUGUAAAACCCCAGAGUUCAGUGUUCACUGGAGACACAGUUACUCUGAGCUGUGAUGUGGGACAGUUAACUGGAUGGACAAUUCACUGGACAAAAGACUCAACCCCUGAAUCCACGACUGAUGCAACUAAAACAAUCAAGUCUGUGAGAGACUCUGAUGAAGGAGAAUACAGGUGCAGAGCACAACGAGGAAACUACUACAGCGAGUUCAGUAAUACAGCUAAGAUUACAGUAACAGUGAGACCCAAACCUGUAGUUGGUGUUGAUCCUGAUAGACGUGUGUUCAGAGGAGAGACGGUCACUCUCACAUGUGACAUACAGCAGACAGGAGUCUGGCAGUACAGCUGGUAUAAAGACUACAAACAAGAUUACAGCGCAGGACGAGACCAGAACUAUAAAAUCCCAUCUGUGGAUCCGUCUCAUAGUGGUGUGUACAGCUGUAGAGGAACUCAGACACAAGCACCAACACACACACAGAUGAGUGACGGAGUUACACUGACAGUAUCAGAUAAACCGAAGCCGACUCUGACUGUAAAACCCCAGAGUUCAGUGUUCACUGGAGACACAGUUACUCUGAGCUGUGAUGUGGGACAGUUAACUGGAUGGACAAUUCACUGGAGAAAAGACUCAAACCCUGAAUCCACGACUGAUGCAACUAAAACAAUCAAGUCUGUGAGAGACUCUGAUGAAGGAAAUUACUGGUGCAUAGCAAGACGAGGAAACUACUACAGCGAGUUCAGUAAUACAGUUAAGAUUACAGUAACAGUGAGACCCAAACCUGUAGUUGGUGUUGAUCCUGAUAGACGUGUGUUCAGAGGAGAGACGGUCACUCUCACAUGUGACAUACAGCAGACAGGAGUCUGGCAGUACAGCUGGUAUAAAGACUACAAACAAGAUUACAGCGCAGGACGAGACCAGAACUAUAAAAUCCCAUCUGUGGAUCCGUCUCAUAGUGGUGUGUACAGCUGUAGAGGAACUCAGACACAAGCACCAACACACACACAGAUGAGUGACGGAGUUACACUGACAGUAUCAGAUUUCCCCAGAUCUACACUGACUGUGACUCCAGACAGUCCUGUAUUCACUGGAGAGACAGUCAAUCUGAAGUGUGUGAUUGAGUCUCACAGUAACUGGAGAUAUGAGUGGUAUAAAGACACAGACAGUGUAAUAUCACAGACGUCUGAUGGUUACACUGUAAACAGAGACACUCUCACUAUCAGAGGAGUAAUUACAUCUGAUCAGGGUCAGUACUGGUGUAGAGGACGGAGAGAUCAGAGACCAAACUCAUCACAGGACAGUAACCGAAUACAUCUGUAUGUUAAUGGUGAGUAAAAUCUGUGAUAAAUACUUG